CUCGUCCGUGCCCCGAAAGAUCCGCCAUCUCUCUCCCGUCGACUGAUUUUUUGUGUCCGCUUCCCCCAUUUCCUCCCUCCCUUCCCUUCCCUGCGCGGAGCUCUCCUCGCCGCCGGAAUCCGAGUCCCUAUCAUCACCGCCCUCUUCUUUGCCGAUCGAUCGUUGAUCCGUGGCCAUUAUCGGCUGCUGGGGUGCGGAAGUCCUCCUCAGAGCUUGACAAAUCGCUUCGAUUCGAUCCGAUAGCGGUGGCCAGAUGUUUGAGGCCCACGUCUUGUAUUUGCUUCGAAAAUAUUUGGGAGAAUAUGUUGAAGGACUUUCAAUUGAAGCGCUUAGAAUAAGUGUAUGGAAAGGUGAUGUUGUUCUAAAAGACUUGAAGUUGAAAGCUGAAGCACUGAAUUCUUUGAAGCUUCCCGUCACAGUCAAAGCUGGCUUUGUUGGGACUAUAACCUUAAAGGUUCCCUGGAAAAGCCUUGGCAAAGAACCCGUGGUGGUUCUUAUUGACCGUGUCUUCGUUCUUGCUCACCCUGCUCCUGAUCGACAAAGUCUCAAGGAGGAAGACAGAGAAAAACUCUUUCAAGCCAAACUCCAACAAAUCGAGGAGGUAGAAUUGGCAACCCUUGAAGCGACUACUAGGAGAUCAAAAGAGGAAGCUGCACCUGGUGGAAAUUCAUGGCUGGGCUCUCUCAUUGCAACUAUAAUUGGCAAUCUUAAAGUUACUCUCAGUAACAUUCAUAUCAGAUAUGAAGACACCAUCAGUAAUCCAGGACAUCCAUUUUGUUCCGGGAUCACUCUAUCAAAACUUGCUGCUGUUACCAUGGAUGAGCAGGGUAAUGAAACAUUUGAUACCAGUGGAGCUCUAGACAAGCUGCGUAAGUCCUUGCAACUUCAGAGACUAGCUGUAUAUCAUGAUUCUGACUGCACACCCUGGCAACUUGAUAAGAAGUGGGAGGAUUUGAAUCCUACAGAGUGGACUGAGAUAUUCCAAGAUGGGAUAAAUGAAUGUUCUCGCAAUGGAGUUUCCGUUUGGGCGAUGAAUCGCAAAUACUUAGUAUCCCCUAUUAAUGGAGUUCUUAAAUAUCAUCGUCUUGGAAAGCAAGAAAGACAGGACUCUGAGAUUCCUUUUGAGAAAGCUUCGCUCAUCCUUAGUGAUGUUUCUUUAACUAUUUCUGAGGCUCAGUAUUGCGAUGGCAUAAAACUCCUUGAAACAAUUUCAAGAUAUAACACACGUCUUGACACGUCUCACUUGAGGCCUGUGAUACCAGUUUCAGAAGAUCCUCAGGCAUGGUGGCAUUAUGCUAUGCUAGCAUGUUUGCAGCAGAAAAAACUGUGCUACUGGUUCUCGUGGGAGAGAAUCAGGCAUCAUUGUCAGCUCCGUCGUCGCUAUGUUCAAUUGUAUGUAACUUCACUGCAGCAGUCAAAUGCUGAUAUUUCUGAAAUUAGGCAGAUUGAGAGGAUUCUUGAUUCCAAAGUGAUUAUACUAUGGAGGUUCCUUGCACAUGCUAAGGUUGAAUCUGUAAAAUCAAGGGAAGCAUCAAAGCAGAAGGCUAACUUAAAGAGAAGCUGGUGGUCUUUUGGAUGGCGCACUUCCUCUGGAGAUGCUUCUGUAUCAAGUAACUCAGCAGAAUCACAAUUUGUUGAAGAGGAAAGAUUAACUAAAGAAGAAUGGCAGGCAGUCAAUAAAAUGUUGAGUUACCAGACUGAUGAAGAUGUGAAUUCCUUCCUGGGGAAGGAUUUACAGAAUAUGAUACAUUUCCUGAUAGAUGUGUCAAUUGGCCAGGCUGCUGCUCGAAUCAUCAUUAUCGAUGAGACAGAGGUUGUCUGUGGUAGAUUUGAACAACUUCAUGUCACCACCAAGCUGUAUCAUAAAAGCAUCCAUUGUGAUGUCUCAUUGAAAUAUUGUGGCUUGUCAUCUCCUGAAGGUUCACUUGCAGAGAGUGUUGUCAGUGAGAGAAAGACCAAUGCUUUGGAAGUCAGUUUUGUACAUGCACCUGUUGGGGAAGACUUGGAUUGGCGUCUUGCAGCAACGACUUCUCCAUGCCAUGUUACGGUGUUGAUGGAAAGCUAUGAACGUUUUCUAGAGUUUGUGAAAAGGAGUAAUGCUGUCAGCCCUACUGUGACAAGGGAAACUGCGAAUGCUUUGCAGAUGAAGAUAGAACAGGUUACUCGUCGGGCUCAAGAACAGCUUCAGACGGUAUUGGAAGAACAGAACAGAUUUUCAAUUGAUAUUGAUCUCGAUGCUCCAAAAGUGAAGAUUCCAAUGAGAGCUACCAGACCUACAUCUAACGAUAGCCAAUUUCUUUUGGAUUUUGGUCAUUUUACAUUGCAUACAAAAGAAGGUCCAGGAGAUGAGGAAAGGAAGAGCCUGUAUUCCCGCUUUUAUAUAUUGGGAAGAGACAUGGCUGCUUUUUUUAAAGAUGAUAUCUACAAAGAAAAAAUUACAGUAACUGCAAAAUAUGGUAGUCAAACUACAACUCCCUCCAACUUUGAGGAUGUUGAUCAUUUCUAUUCUCUCCUUGAUCGUUGUGGCAUGUCAGUCAUAGUUGACCAGAUCAAAAUGCCUCAUCCAAGAUACCCAUCAACUCGGGUUUCUGUACAAGUGCCAAAUCUAGGUAUUCACUUUUCACCAGAGAGAUAUAGCAGAAUCAGGAGACUGCUAGAUACAUUCUAUGGCUCAAUGGAAAGCAGUGGUCAGAACUCUGAUGGGUGUCCACAAACUGGCCCUGUACCUUGGCAUCCUGCUGAUCUAGCAACUGAUGCUAGAAUUCUUGUUUGGAGGGGGCUUGGCAAUUCUUUAGCUGAGUGGCAACCUUGUUACCUUAUCUUAUCUGGGCUAUAUCUUUAUGUUUUGGAGUCCGAGGUUUCUCAAAAUUAUCAAAGGUGUUCCAGCAUGGCUGGUCGACAGGUGAUUGAAGUUCCACCAACAAGUGUUGGUGGAUCACUUUAUGCUAUUGCUGUGAGUUCUAGGGGUGUUGAUAUCCAGAAGGCACUGGAAUCAACUAAUACUCUGAUUAUUGAAUUUCAUGAUGAUGAGGAAAAGACAACCUGGCUAAGAAAGAUCGUGCAAGCGACAUAUAGGGCCUCUGCUCCUCCUGCAGUGGAUAUACUAGGGGAACCAAGUUUAUCAGAUUCUGGUGAGCCUCGACUUGGUAAUUUGGGAGCAGCGGACCUUGUUCUUAAUGGCACGAUUGUUGAAACUAAGUUGUCCAUAUAUGGAAAGUUAAAUGGAAAGCAUGGAAGUGCUGAAGAGGCAUUAAUUUUAGAGCUUCUUGCUGGUGGAGGAAAGGUAAACCUUCUCCGAAGUGGAGGUGACCUGACUGUGAAAACAAAGCUGCACUCUUUGAAAAUCAAAGACGAACUUCAAGGUCGUCUUUCUAGUUUUCCACAAUAUUUGGCGUGUUCUGUGCUGAAUGAUAAUCUUAAAGCUGAUAGCUGCUGUACCUUCGAUCUUGAUGAAAAUGAGUUGCAAAAUUUUUUUCUGGAAGAAGAUGAUAGUUUCAAGGAUGCAUUGACAGAUUUCAUGUCUACUCCUGAUCGAAGCUUUAAUAUGCAAAACCUUGAUUGGACAUGUAGCUCAAUGACUAACCUCGAUGCCUGUGAACGGUAUGCUGGAGUCAAUUACACUGAUGUUGGAAACCAUGACAAAGAUCAGGUGAAAGGGAGGAUCAGUGAGAUAUUCUACGAGGCACGAGACAACAGUGUUUCUGAUUUUGUGGCUGUUACAUUUUUGACCCUGAGUCCUGAUUCACUUCUGUAUGAUGGCAUUGAUACACAGAUGACCAUCCGCAUGUCAGCACUAGAAUUUUUUUGCAACAGAGCAACUCUUGUUGCUUUGAUCGAGUUUGGCUUGGAUCUGAGCCUGAUUAAUUUAGGGGAUAGUGGAAAUGACAUUGUUGCCCCAACAGCUGACUCCAAUGACAUGAAGGAAGAAAAUGGUCGUGCUUUAGUUAAGGGCUUGUUAGGCCAUGGAAAAGACCGUGUUGUUUUUAAUUUGAAAAUGGAUGUGGACAGUGUCUGUGUGUUUCUUAACAAGGAAGAUGGUUCUCUGCUUGCAAUGUUUGUACAAGAAAGUUUUCUCUUGGAUUUCAAGGUUCACCCAAGUUCUAUAUCCAUCAAUGGUACAUUAGGAAAUAUGCGACUCUGCGAUAUGUCCCUUGGACCAGAUCAUCGCUGGGGCUGGCUUUGUGAUAUACGCAACCAAGGGAUUGAGUCUCUUGUCAAGUUCACCUUUCAGUCAUACAGUGCUGAUGAUGAUGAUUAUCAAGGGUACGAUUAUAGCCUGAGCGGAAGACUUUCUGCAGUCCGCAUUGUAUUUCUUUAUAGAUUUGUUCAGGAGUUGACUUCAUAUUUUAUGGAGCUCGCCUCUCCACACACUCAGGAGGUAAUUAAGUUUGUUGACAAAGUCGGGGGCUUUGAAUGGCUGAUACAGAAAUAUGAGAUAGAUGGUGCCACAGCUGUAAAAUUGGACCUAUCAUUGGACACUCCGAUUAUUAUCGUUCCGAAGAAUUCAAUGAGUGAAGACUAUAUGCAACUAGAUCUUGGACAGCUGCAAGUGAAGAACAGUUUUAGUUGGCAUGGUUGCAAAGAGAAUGACCCUUCAGCUGUACAUCUUGAUAUUCUUCAUGCUGAGAUACAUGGAGUCAACAUGGCUGUAGGAAUCAGUGGCCAUUUAGGGAAAUCAAUGAUACGAGAAGGUCGAGCCAUUGAUAUUGAAGUGAGACGCAGUCUGAGAGAUGUCUUUCGUAAGGUCCCAACACUAUCUACAAAAGUUCAGGUUGGUUUCUUACAUGGUGUCAUGUCAGACAAGGAAUACAAUGUCAUAAUAAAUUGUUUAUAUAUGAACCUGUCAGAAGUCCCAAAGCUUCCUCCUAGUUUUCGUGGCAAUGUAGAUGAGACAAAGGAGUCAAUUCGUAUGCUUGCUGAUAAGGUCAACCAUAAUAGUCAAAUUUUACUCUCACGUUCUAUUUUUGUUCUGGCUGUUGAGGUCCGCUAUGCCUUGCUAGAGCUAUGCAAUGGUCUUGAUGAGGAGUCUCCUUUAGCCCAGAUUGCUCUAGAAGGACUAUGGGUAUCGUAUCGAUCAACUUCUUUGUUUGAAGCAGACCUCUACCUGACUAUUCCUAAAUUCUCUGUGCUGGACAUACGUCCUGAUACAAAGCCUGAAAUGUGCCUGAUGCUUGGAUCUUACUCGGAUGUUUCGAAACCUGCUGUAUAUAACAUUUCUAGUUUGCCUGGAACUUGUCCAGGAUCACCUACAAACGAUGUUUCUACCAAGAUUUCAGAAAAUGCAACUGACAUAGAUGUUUCUAACUUGACUAUGCUGGUAAUGGAUUACCGAUGGCGCUCGUCAUUCCAAUCUUUUGUAAUCCGCAUCCAGCAACCUCGUAUUCUUGUUGUUCUGGACUUCCUUCUUGCAGUUGUUGAAUAUUUUGUGCCUUCUUUGGGUGCAAUAACAGGAAGGGAGGAAAGCUUAAAACCAAAGAAUGAUCCACUGACUAACAGUUAUGAUAUAAUACUUUCUGAAUCCAUUUACAUGCAGAGAGAUGAUAUUGUACACCUUUCCCCUAGAAGAAAAUUAAUUGUGGAUGGAUGUGGUAUUGAUGAGUUCACUUAUGAUGGGUGUGGAGGUACAAUAUCCUUAAGUGAGGAGUUUGAUAUGAAAGAGCAAUCAUUUUCUGGAACUAUUAUCAUAAUUGGGCGUGGACAGAAGUUGCGGUUCAAGAAUGUUAAAAUUGAGAAUGGCACAUUGUUGAGAAAGUGUACGUACCUGAAUAAUGGUAGCAGCUACUCAGUCUCCGCAGACGAUGGUGUUGAGAUUUCAUUUAUAGAUAAUUCUGCUUCUAAAAUCAGUAAAGGUUUAGUACAAAUUCAAGAAUGUAAAGAAGAGACUAGUGUUCCUAGCACUGUUGUUGACGAUGCUACAAGUCAAAUGCUGAGUUUUACAUUCGAAGCUCAGAUUGUGUCCCCUGAAUUUACCUUCUAUGACUGUUCAAAAUUGUCGAUGGAUGAUUCCUUGCACAUUGAGAAGCUUCUCCGAGCAAAGAUGGAUUUGAGUUUCAUGUAUGCUUUGAAAGAAAAUGACACUUGGGCUCGGUGUCUCAUGAAAGAUCUCACUGUUGAGGCUGGUUCAGGUCUUGUUGUUAUUCAGCCAAUUGAUAUUUCAGGAGGAUAUACUUCUGUUAAAGAUAAGACUAAUAUAUCGGUGACUUCUACCGAUCUAUGCAUCCACCUUUCUCUGAGUGUUGCUUCUCUUUUACUUAAAUUACAAAAUCAGGCUCUUGCAGCAUUGCAAUUUGGUAAUAUUAAUCCACUAACUUGUUGUACAAGCUUCAAGCGACUUUGGGUAUCACCAGAAGGGGAACUACCUGGCUACAAUCUGACCUUCUGGAGGCCCCAAGCUCCUUCUAAUUAUGCUAUUUUGGGUGAUUGUGUGACAUCAAGAUCAAUACCUCCUUCACAGGUUGUAAUAGCUGUUAGUAACACUUAUGGUCGUGUACGAAAGCCUCUCGGCUUCAAGCUCAUUGGUGUGUUAUCUAAUUUUCAAGAAUCUGGAGGAACGCUAUCAAAUAGUGAUAAUGAGUGCUCCAUCUGGAUGCCAAUUCCACCACCGGGCUACUCUGCUGUAGGGUGUGUGGCACAUGGUGGAAGCCAGCCACCUCCAAACCACAUUGUCUAUUGCCUUCGAUCUGAUCUUGUAACAUCUGCUAACUUUUCAGACUGUAUAUACUAUGUUCCAUCUAAUCCAAGGGCUUUGUCUGGAUAUAGCAUCUGGCGCAUCGACAAUGUUGUCGGUUCAUUUCUUGCACAUAAUUCAGUGGAAUGCCCUUUUGAAGGCGAAAGCUUCGACUUGCACCAGAUUCUUCUGCAUAAUUCCAAUUUGAAUAUGUCUUUCUCCAGUCAUCCCAGUUCUAACACUGGCAUUAAUAUUGAGCAGCAAAGUCAGCAAGGAGGUAACAGCAAUUGUGGUUCCUCCGGAUGGGACAUUCUGAGGUCGUUAUCAAAAACGAGUAGUUAUUACAUGUCUACCCCACACUUUGAAAGGAUAUGGUGGGACAAAGGUUGUGAUCUAAGAAGACCAAUUUCAAUAUGGCGACCGAUACCACGUCCAGGAUACGCUGCACUUGGCGACUGUGUAACAGAAGGGUUAGAACCUCCUGCUCUAGGGUUGAUGUUCAAGUGCGAUAAUUCUGUGAUUGCUGCAAAUCCUGAUCAGUUCACUAAAGUUGCACAUAUAAUUAGAAAGGGGCUUGAUGAUGCUUUUUUUUGGUACCCAAUUCCUCCUCCUGGUUAUGCCUCCUUGGGAUGUGUAGUAACAAGAAUUGAUGAAGUACCAAAGAAGGAUUCUUUUUGCUGUCCAAGGAUUGAUCUUGUUAACCAAGCAAAUAUUUCUGAUGAACCCAUUUCUCAGUCCUCCAGCGCAAAGGGCUCCAGCUGCUGGAGCAUCUGGAAAGUUGAAAAUCAGGCCUGCACUUUUCUCGCACGAUCUGAUCUUAGAAAACCAUCAAACCGUUUGGCAUACAGUAUAAGUGACCAUGUGAAGCCUAGAGCACAGGAAAACAUUAGUUCUGAGAUGAAGUUGGGGUCUUUUUCAUUCAGUAUCCUGGACAGCUUGUGUGGGACAAUGACACCACUAUUUGACACAACUAUUACAAAUAUAAAUCUUGCAACACAUGGGCGUCUUGAGGCAAUGAAUGCUGUACUUAUCUGUUCAAUUGCUGCAUCCACAUUCAAUAGACAAUUAGAAGCAUGGGAGCCUCUUAUUGAACCAUUUGAUGGGAUAUUCAAGGUUGAAACAUAUGAUACCAGCGAGCACCCGCCAUCAAAAGUUGGCAAACGAGUUCGUGUUGCUGCAGCAAGUACUGUGAAUCUUAAUGUCAGUGCUGCCAAUCUUGAAACCCUGACAGAAACUUUGGUUUCCUGGAGUAGGCAUAAUGAUUUAGAGCAGAAGUCAUCAAGAAGAAGCGAGGAAUCUGAUGAAGACUUGAGGCGAAAUUUUGAUUUAUCAUAUUCUGCAUUGGAUGAAGAUGAUUUUCGAAAAGUGAUUGUUGAAAAUAAACUUGGAUGUGAUGUUUAUCUGAGAAAAGUUGAGGGAAACACCAAGUUAUUACAGCAUGACCACCAAAUGUCAUUUUUGGUGCCACCUCCCAGGUUUUCAGAUAAGUUGAGUGCAGUUACCAAAGCUAGGGAAACUCGAUAUUAUGUUGCCGUUCAAAUCAUGGAGGCUAAGGGACUGCCUAUUGCAGAUGAUGGCAAUAGCCAUGAGUAUUUUUGUGCUUUGCGAUUGCUAAUAGACAGUAAGGCCACAGAUCAGUAUAAGCUUUUUCCCCAGAGUGCAAGAACUAGGUGUGUGAGACCGUUGAUCCCAAAGAUAAAUGGCUUGGGCGAGGGAUAUGCCAAGUGGAAUGAAAUUUUUAUAUUUGAAGUUCCUGAAAAGGGACUGGCAAAUAUGGAAGUUGAGGUUACAAACCUUGCUUCAAAAGCUGGCAAAGGUGAAGUUAUAGGCGCGUUGUCUGUUCCUAUUAGUAGGAGUUCUGGUACACUGAAAAGGGCUGCUUCAAUAAAAGUACUACAGCAAGCAGUUGAUGUACAGCAGUUUAUAUCAUAUCCUCUCAGAAGAAAGGGUCAGCUAUUUAUUGAUGAAGAAAGGAAUAAUUGUGGUAGUUUAGUAAUUUCCACUUCUUAUAUUGAACGAAAUGCUGACGUGAAUAUCCAAAGGGGAAUAGAGAGCACAACUAGCACUGAAAGAGAUGUUGGUUUCUGUGUUGGGCUUGGCCCAGAUGGGCCCUGGGAGAGCUUUGAUUCAGUUCUUGCUCUAUCUGUUGCUCCAAAGUCACUUGAUAGAAACCCUUUUGCCUUCGAAGUUGUCAUGAGGAAUGGGAAGAGGCAUGCAAUUCUUAGGGCUCUUGCUGUCAUUGUGAAUGAUUCUGACAUCAAGCUAGAAGUAUCUUUAUGCCUUGCCACCAUGCUCAGUGAUCCUGUUCAAAACAUGGGACCAAACAGUUCUACUACAGUGACAGAAGAGGUCUUUGAAAAUCAACGAUAUCAACCAAUUUCUGGUUGGGGAAAUAAGUCAUUCGGUUCUCGUGGUAAUGAUCCUGGACGUUGGAGUACCAGAGAUUUUUCAUACUCAUCAAAGGACUUUUUUGAGCCUCCACUCCGUGCUGGUUGGAAAUGGACAUCAGCCUGGCAAAUUGAGAAGUCUCAGUUUGUGGACAGUGAUGGAUGGGCAUAUGGAACUGAUUUUCAGAGCUUGGUAUGGCCUCCAAAUUCUUCAAAAGCAUCUUCAAAAUCAGCUGUAGAUUUUGUACGGCGAAGGCGUUGGAUACGUAUAAGGCAACCAUUACCUGAGGAAAACACAGAUGGCAGGAGAAAUGUCAUUGCUGUUAUAGAUCCAGGAUCAUCAACGGUUUUACCAUGGACUUAUAUGGUUAGUCGUAUGGACGCAUGCUUGCAGGCUCGUCCUUUUGCUGAAAGUUCUCAGGAGAUGUACACUUGGGGUCAAAUGGUCGCCCUGGGUUCUGGCAGGGAGCAAUCCACCAAUCAGCAAGCUCCACUUUCUAGACAGAACACCAUAAAACAUUCAAUUAUUCCAUCACAAAAUUCUAUUCUUAGAUUGAAUCAGCUUGAGAAGAAGGACAUGCUCUCAUACUGUAAUCCCAGUACUGGUACCAAACAAUAUUUCUGGCUCAGUGUUGGCAUUGAUGCUUCAGUUCUUCACACGGAAUUAAAUGCUCCUGUUUAUGAUUGGAAAAUAUCUAUUAAUUCAGCUCUCAGAUUGGAAAAUAAGCUUCCUUAUGAAGCUGAAUAUGCUAUAUGGGAGAGAAUGGUUGAAGGGAAUAUGGUCAAGCGGCAGCAUGGUAUUAUCUCAUCAGGUGGAAAUGCAUUUGUCUAUUCUGCAGAUAUUCGAAAACCUAUUUACCUUACCUUGUUUGUGCAAGGUGGUUGGAUUUUGGAAAAGGAUGCCAUUCUCAUAAUGAAUUUACUGGGCCUUGACCAUGCAUCUUCCUUUUGGAUGGUUCAGCAACAAACUAACAGGAGGGUGCGUGUUAGUGUUGAGCACGACCUGGGAGGAACUGAUGCUGCUCCCAAAACAGUGAGGUUGUUUGUUCCAUAUUGGAUCCAGAAUAAUUCAGCAGUGCCAUUAUCAUAUCGUAUUGUAGAGGUGGAACCCCUGGAGAAUGCAGAUACUGAUUCUCUCUUAAUUUCUAAAGCUGUUAAAUCCGCGAAAUUGGCCUUAAAACAUUCCUCAAAGUCCUUAGAUAGAAAAAAUCCUGUUUUAAGGAGAAAUAUUCAGAUAUUGGAAGUUAUUGAGGACUUUAGUCCCAAAUAUGUUAUGUUGUCUCCACAAGACUAUAUACUGCGUGGUGGAAGUUUGUCGUUUCAAUCACGUGGUGAUACUUUUACCUCAGCACGUCUGGGUAUAUCUGUAGCUGUCUGUCAUUCAGAUAACUACAGCCCUGGGAUUUCUCUUCUUGAGCUUGAGAGCAAGGAUCAAGUUAAUCUUAAAGCAUUUGCUUCUGAUGGAUCAUAUUACAGGCUUUCAGCACACCUUAAAAUGGCUUCUGACAGAACAAAGGUUGUUCAUUUUAUACCGCAGACUCUAUUUAUCAACAGGAUUGGAUGCAGUAUAUCUUUGUCUCAGUGUAACACUAAAACAGAAAAAUGGUUUCACCCAGGUGAUCCUCCAAAAUUAAUUAAAUGGCAAACCAGUGCAAGAAAUGAAUUAUUGAAGUUGCGGGUGGAUGGAUACAAAUGGAGCACUCCAUUUAGCAUUGAAAAUGAUGGUGUAAUGUGUGUUUGCAUGAAAAGCGAUAUGGGAAAUGAUCAGAUGUAUCUUGGAGUAGAGGUAAGGGGUGGAACAAAAAGCUCACGCUACGAAGUAGUGUUUCGCCUUGCUUCAUCAUCAAGCCCCUACAGGAUCGAAAAUCGUUCAAUGUUCUUACCUGUGCGCUUUCGCCAAGUUGGUGGUACUGAUGACUCCUGGCACAAUCUUCCUCCUAAUGCUGCUGCUGCAUUUUUCUGGGAAGAUCUAGGUAGACAAAGGUUAUUGGAAGUCUUAGUUGAUGGAACUGACACUUCAAGCUCUGAGUUGUACAACAUUGAUGAGGUUGUGGAUCACAGACCCAUGCUGACAUCAAGUGGACCUACAAAAGCUGUACAUCUUUCUGUUCUUAAGGAGGGAAAAAUACACAUUGGCCGAAUUAGUGAUUGGAUGCCAGAGAAUGAAACUCCAGAAAGCAUACAUGAAAUAGUUCCAUUACCUGUUUUUCAACCAUCAGUGGUUGGUUAUAAACAAUCAUCUUCAGCAUCGGAUAGUGAAUUGCAUGUCACUUUUGAGGUAACAGAGCUGGGGCUAUCAAUUGUUGAUCAUAUGCCUGAAGAAAUUCUAUAUCUCUCAGUGCAGAAUCUUCUACUUUCUUAUUCAUCUGGAUUGGGCUCUGGAAUCAGUAGGUUCAAGUUACGAAUGCAUGGGAUUCAAGUAGAUAACCAAUUGCCUUUUUCUCCAAUGCCAGUACUCUUUAGGCCGCAGAGAAUGGGGGAUCAGCUGGACUACAUUCUAAAGUUUUCAAUGACCAUGCAAACUAAUAAUUCCCUAGAUUUUUGUGUGUAUCCAUAUGUUGGUCUACAGGUUCCUGCUAAUUCUGCCUUUCUAGUUAACAUUCAUGAACCAAUUAUUUGGCGCCUUCAUGAGAUGUUUCAACAAGCAAAAUUUAGUACAGUAUUUAGUUCUUCAACUACUGCUGUUUCAGUUGAUCCAAUAGUCAAAAUUGGGCUGCUUAACAUCUCUGAGAUCCGAUUUAAAGUAUCAAUGGCUAUGUCACCAAUCCAACGACCAAGAGGUGUACUUGGAUUUUGGUCAUCUUUAAUGACUGCAUUGGGAAACAUGGAGCAUAUGCCGGUGCGUAUUGCUCAAAGAUUCCGUGAUGAAGUAUGCAUGCGUCAAAGUGCUCUUGUGAGUACUGCAGUUUCUAGCAUCCAAAAGGAUCUUCUUAGUCGGCCUCUUGGACUUCUUUCUGGUGUUGACAUUCUUGGCAACGCCAGUAGCGCACUUAGUAGCAUGAGCAAAGGUGUUGCAGCUUUGUCCAUGGACAAGAAAUUUAUUCAAAGCCGACAAAAAAAGGAUAGCAAAGGUGUGGAAGACAUUGGUGAUGUUAUUAGAGAAGGAGGUGGAGCUCUUGCAAAAGGCUUCUUUAGAGGAGUGACAGGCAUCUUAACAAAGCCUCUCGAAGGUGCAAAAUCUUCUGGUGUUGAGGGUUUUGUCCAGGGUGUUGGGAAAGGGUUAAUUGGUGCUGCUGCGCAGCCUGUGAGUGGGGUCUUAGAUCUUCUAUCGAAAACUACUGAAGGAGCCAAUGCUGUAAGAAUGAAGAUAUCAUCUGCUAUCACAUCAGAAGAGCAAUUGCUCCGUAGACGCCUUCCUCGAGUAAUCGGCGGGGAUAAUUUGCUCCGGCCAUAUGAUGAAUACAAAGCUGCUGGACAGGCUAUCUUACAUCUUGCUGAAUCUGGUACCUUUCUUGGUCAAGUUGAUCUCUUUAAAGUCCGAGGAAAGUUUGCAUUUACAGAUGCUUAUGAAGAUCACUUUUUACUACCAAAAGGAAAGAUCCUGUUAGUCACUCAUCGAAGAGUUUUGUUGGUACAACAACCUACAAACAUUAUGAUCCAAAGAAAGUUCAAUCCAGCUAGGGAUCCAUGCUCAGUGUUGUGGGAUGUCCUGUGGGGUGAUAUAGUUACAAUGGAGUUGACACAUGGGAAGAAAGAUAUCCCAGGAUCAUUACCUUCGCGCCUUAUCUUGUACCUGCAAAUUAGAUCGACUGAACCAAAGGAAACUGCUCGCGUGAUAAAAUGCGCCCAUGGAUCUCAACAAGCUACCAAAAUUUAUUCAUCAAUUCACCAAGCACUGGAUUCUUAUGGUCCAAAUGCCUCAAAGGACAUGCGGAGAAGGAAGGUGCCAAGACCAUAUACUCCAUGUAGUUCUUUUGUCUGCCCUGAAGUUUAUCCUAAAGAAGAUUUUGGUAUUUGGGUUGUCCAUGAUGAUAAAGGAUCAGUUCCUAUCACUUUGGCUUUUGGCACGGUGCUUGCUCAACCUCAACCUGGGCAAGAGCACCAAUAGAGAACAUUUAAAAGUCAUGGUACUUGGAGAGAGGGUAACUACUACUACUUUCGGAAAAAUUCAUGGUGUUGCAUGCUUAUUAUGCAACAAAAAGGAGAAAUAUUUAUGUACAAGAAAUCUUAGCAGUGCUAACUUCAUGCUCCUACUACGACGCAGGUUUGGCACACUGCAUAUUGUCUACAAUGUUUGAUUUUUCACAUGCUAGCUUUGUGUCCCUUCCAUUUAUAAAUUUUGUUAUAUUCAAAAUUUUCGUACUUAUGCAGAAGUGGAACUCUUAAUUUUUAAUCAAAGCUAAAUAAAUGCAUCUCUACUGGUAGCGUAUCUGUUCACUCUCAGAGAACAACUAAAUGUUUUCUUUUUUUGGCACAAAUUAUGUACUUGAUUCAGACAAUUAUUGGAAAAGCAUGCAGAAUGACUGAAAAUUGUAACUGAUAAAUCAUAGUUAUGAGAGAUUCAAGGAAGAGAAUAUUAUAAUAACUGAUUAAACAAUUUACCGA